UCGUCCUCAUCGUCUCCGACGCGCUCCCCGUCGUCGCCACUCUUGUUCGCGCAUUUUUAAAGCCCGCGUCGACGACCGUAAUCGUUUGCAGUGCACGAGCAGCCCCUUUGCACGCGCUUUGCACUAACCAUCUAUACGCGCCCCGCCCAUAUCGAGCGAGGUCCAGUUUGCCUUUGCAACGGUGCAUCUCCACAAAAGCAACCAUUACUCGCUAAUGGAUACCGACAUACAUCUCGACACCUCCUGGUGUCCCGUCUGUGACUGUGCCAUCCUACCCAAGCGCUUCACCAUCCCCGUCGACCUCCUGCAGACUGGCUCGAGCACGGCGAUCAAGACCAGCCAGACGACCCGCACCAAGAACGGCACUAUUAAGGCUCGGGCUGGCGGUCUCGUCCAGGGCACCGGUCGCGUACGCCCAGCACUCAACCGAGCCGCAUCGACGAGGGGGAAGACCGCUUCCCAACAGCAACAGCAGUUGAUCGAGGAACCAACACCAGCGGUGCGGACAAAGACGGUGAUCGACCAGGCGCAGACCCCUCUCUACUGCAGCGAAGAAUGCCGCAAGCGCGACCUCGAGGAGUCAUGGCCUGUCACCCCUGCGCCCGCACGCGAUGUCCUCGAUGGCCACCGUCGAUCGUCUCGGAUACGAUUAGGCGCACAUCCUGCACAGAUCAACCCCGCCCGCGCGUCUCCACCUCCACCCAGCCCAACUUUACCACCGGUGCCACCAAACUCAUGGCGCGCUCCAAUGGGUCUCAAGGCGCGUGACCUUGAGCUCAACUUUGACGAACUGGCUGCGAGUAUCCAGGAGGCUGAUGAGCACUCUGACUCAUCGAGCGCCACUGGGACUAGUUUCACCACGUCUGAUCGUUCUCCGGUCGAGGAACGUGACAGCAUUGAUACAUCAAACCUCUACACGGAUCCACCACCACCACCUCUCGCCCCGCUACCCCUCCAUCCUCAUCGACCUAGCGCACCGGUCGUGCCACCGGGUGCGAACCGCACGCAAUCACAUCCACUGUUCGAGGGAGGGAUCAUGAUGGCGGCAAAGCGAUUGCAGGCACUGCUCGCAUCGGAUGUCUCCGAUGACGAGAAGACCCGCGCAGAGCGGAGAGCGGCGGAAGAGCAGCAGAGGAAGGUGGAGGCACGUCUGAGCCGAUACGACGUCACCGGCGAGUAUGCGCGCUCAAGCAGCAGCGAGCGUGACAAGAAGCGGCAGGAAGUGCCCGCAAUUGAUCCGAUGCGAUGGACCGAGCUUGUAUACAACUACAGGUCGGGCUCAUCCUCACCACCCUCAAACCCGGGCAUCCCUUCGACUCACCGUCGGGCAUCGGACUCGGAUCCUUCGAAGAGGAUUCGGUCUCCGGGUGCACCUAGCCGCACGCAAAGUGCCCUCGAACUUUACGCCAAGUACCCUCUGUUUGCCCGCUCGACCUCCAACACUGCCCCUCGCAAGACGAAUAAGUCGAGCGCAUCUCUUGCAACUACUUUUGCUCCUGCAUAUGGCGUCACUUUAUCCUCAUCGACAUCCAUCACGAGCUCUACAAGUAGCGUGUCUGGCCGGACUGCAGGUGCUAGUGCAUUGACGAUUCCUGGCGUGGACCCAGAGUUGUACGCUGGGAAGCGUCUCGGCGGCGGGCCCCGCCGCCCGAUCGCGAAGGGUGUCGAGAAGCAGCUGCUCGUUCCGGAUGUCCUCUUGCGUCCCACCUUACCAGUCAGCAGCUCGUUGCCCACGGGCAUGAGCCCACCGUCGCGACUCUCAUCGGAGAUGAAGCGUAGCGGAAGCGAGGCGAAUGUCAGCAGGAAGUCUGGGAGGAGCGCAAGCGUACUUGGCUCGGUUAAUGAAGGUGAUGUUGAGGGCGUCCAGGGUGUUUGGCAUCGGCCUGAGGAGGGUAGCGAGGACUCGCGCAGUAGUGUUACUCGUUCUAGUACGAGUGAUCAGGAGAGCAGGAGUCGAAGAGGGAAGAAGAGUCGGUCGAGCAAGAGCGGGAGCAGGCAGCCUAUCGCAGAAGAAUCAAGCUGGUCUUAUGAGAAUUCAGGUCCGGUUUACGACGCGAUGCCUGCCAUCCCCGUGAAGCAGACUCGAUAUGAAGAAGCCUUCGUUCCCGACGAGCCCUCUCCGGAAGGUGAAGAAGAGUACAUCGAGCGUUCAGCGUUGCAUGCGCGCGAUAUUGAGCUUUCUCGCCGAGCAGUCUGUGAGGUCAAGCGGCGCCGUGGUGAGCGAAAUGGUAAAGCUGGCUGGUGGGUUGAGAAAGAGUGGGAGGUGACUGUCAUCCCCGAGCGGAAGCGACUUUUCCUGUUUGGCGGAUCGAAGGGAAACGGGAAGAGGAAUUGAGCGCUUGCGACGCAAGCAAUACGUUCGACGAACCAUAAUCGAUCGCAACGUCCAACCAAAAGCAAAAACCACUGUGUUAAUAUGUACCAUUAUCUGUAUAUCACCACUCGAUUUCUCUGGUCUCGCUCUCGCUUUCUCCCUGGAUCUUACGCUCUACUCGUAUAUUCGAUAUACCCUACCCUCGCAAAUAACGAACAAACUCCUAUCGGCGACCGCCUUCGAUUAACUCGCUAUCGCAUACCCCAUCGAACGUGCCAAGUGCCAAGUGCCAUGGCACAUUAAUAAUUCAUUGUUGCAUCGAACCGUGAUGUAUCGCGGUGUCAUUUGUACAUUGUAUUGUUGCAUUUGCUGGAUUUCUUUAUCUUUUUAUCCUUUUUAUUUUCUUUCUUGUGUCCUCCCUGAUGCUCCAACGUCACUCUGUGAAGUUGAUGAAAGAGCACUGGGAUUGCUAUGCAGUUGUUUUGCUUGUUGGUUUCUUCAUUGUGUAUUUUUUUCCCCUCGUGCAAUUUGUUUCUUUU